UAUCACAGGCACACACCUCCCUCAGUGCCGCCUCAUCAUCCCCUCCCCUCACUGCCACGCCCUGCCAUCAUGUCGUCCCAGCGAUGCUUCCGCGCCGCCCUGGCCACUGGUGGAGUCCUGAGAAGCGCUUGCCGCCCCGCGCUACUCACAGCCUCGAUGAGGCCAGUUAUCUGCACCACCCAGAAGAGAGGCGUGAGUCUUGCCGCCGCCGCUUACCAGCAGGCCGCUGCCCGCCAGCACGAGGCUCCAGCCUGUAGCGUUGCGUCUGCGGUGGCUAAGGAUGACAUUCUGACGGUGAAGUUUGGGAAUGGGACGGAGGGUCAGCUGCCCUUCGUGUGGUUGCGGGACAACUGCCAAUGCCCUCAGUGCUUCAGCGUCGAGGCCUUGGGCAGGAAGCUCCUCAUGGACGAUCUUGACAUUGAUGUUCAUCCGACCAAAGUCCAGCAGGAAAGCGACAGUGGACUGACGGUGGAGUGGAGUGAUGGCCACAUGGGUGAGUACCCCGCCCAGUGGCUCAAGGAGAGAGCCUUCACGCCCACCGCCCGUGCCUUGCACAAGAUGAGAUACGCGGUUCGAAAGGAAGCGUGGGGCGCCGAACACACCAUGAAGGAAUACGACUACAGGACGCUGAUGGCCGACGACCGGGAGCUGCUGGACUGGCUGCUGACUAUGGAGCGCAAGGGGUCAGCCAUGGUAAGGAACACGCCGCAGAAAGACAUAGCAGGACCGGAGCUCAUCGAGCACAUCGCCUACGUCAAGCAGUCCCACUACGGGCCACACUCGCCCGUCAUCAACCGACCCAACACCAAUAACGUGGCCUUCACCAACGCCAAGCUGGGCAUGCACAACGACCUGCCGCAGUACGAACACAUGCCCGGGAUCAUCUUCAUCCAGUGCGUGGCGCAGCACCCCGGCGCCGGCGGGGAGAGCAUCGUCACUGACGGACUGUUCGCCGCCGAGGAGCUGCGCAGGAACCACCCGGAGGACUUCAAGAUCCUCUCCUCCACCGACAUGUACUUCUGGGACAAGGGCCACGCCAACUACAGCUGGGAGAUGCCAGAGUUCUACAAGAUUGCAAAGUUCCCAGUCAUCAGGAUCAACGGCGACAACGAGGUGGUGCAGAUCGCCGUCAACAACGCCAUCCGCGACUCCCACAUGGACCUUCCCCCCACAGGAGGUCAAGAAAUACUACGCUGCCUACAAGCGCUUCCACAACAUCCUGUACGCCAACGCCAUGACCUUCAAGAUGGAGCAGGGAGACAUGAUGACCCUGGACAACGUGCGGUGCCUGCACGGGCGUGAGGGUUACGAGGCCAACAGUGAGCGCCACAUUGAGUCCUCCUACCUCGACUGGGACGAGGCUCGCUGCCGCCGACGUCGCCUUCAGGAGAAGUUUGGCUGCUGAAUAUGAAGGUUUCAGACUUUGUAGCUGUUUGUUGUAGUAGAUGGUGUGCAGUAGGAAAUGUGUUUUGAGAGGCAAGAGGCAUGAGAUCAGUACAGCGGUAGGUGGUGUAAUGACUUGCGAUGCUUGUUAACAUAGUAUCCAUGAUGCAGCGGAAGAAACCAUCAAGUAUUUAGCUAGGUGACCCAGUGUGUGCGUAAUGUGUUAUCGACUUUCUUUUUCUUUCUUUUAUAUAAAUACCAAAUUAUAAGUUUGUUGAAGUGCAUCUUCCACAUCACUCUAUCUAUGCACAUAAUGUGCUGUUUUUUUGUUUUUUUUUUCGCACUCGCUGAAGAUAGCAAGGCAGUGUGUGGCGGCGGCUGUGCCGCAUCAUAAUCUCUGAAGGUCACAGAUAUCUUACCUGUGUGUGUGUGUGUGUGUGUGUGUGUGUGUGUGUGUGUGUGUGCGCGUGUCGUGUGCGUGUGCGUGUGUGCGUGCGCGUGCGGACCAUCAUAACACUGUCACGCUGUUACCAGUCGUGUUUUUCUUUCAUGAUCAUCAUGUCAUUCAUAAAAUAUUUCGCCGUGUAUUAUUCCUCCCAGGGAGAACACCCACUAUAAAUUAUUUUGCUUAUCACUCAUCGGCCCGAGUGGGCGCCCCUCACAUCACUGGACGAGCGUCCCGGGGCUGCCACGUGUGUGCGUGUCUGUCAUCUUUCGCCGUCGUGAUCAUCCCACACCACAAACCUUUGGUGAUUCCCGCCGCGCACCACACGCGUCUGUUGAAUGUUUGUGAAUAGGAAAAAAAAAAAAAAAAAAGAUAAUACUCAAAUCGUGAUUCCGCUUCAGACAACAUUGUCUGUAGAGGAUUGUGUUAUGCUGUGACUGUUUUCGUGUUAAUUAGUGUGGAGGAAGCAGUGCGGUGCGGGGAGGUGCAGCAACAAGGCAACAACGCUGCUGUUUGAUCUAGAUAUACAUAAUAAAAAAACAAUAUUUUUAUAAAA